CAAAUCUGAGCAACGAAGCGGGCACAAUCCUCGACGCGACCCGGCACGAUUUCCUUCCUUCGCCCGAGUACCAGUGCGAUGGCUCGAUAGUCUUCACGAACCCACCAUCAAAAUCCUCGUCGGCGGCGCACCAAUGCCCGUGCGGUCCUCGGCGCAAUGCCGGCCUGCAAUCCCGCAGAGGGCUUCUGCUGUCUGGAUCACAGACUCAGUGCUUCGCCAGGCCAUUGAGCACUAUCACCGCCAAUUCGCCGUUCCCGCCUCAUGUCGGCUGCUCAGUUCGCACUCGGGGCCGCUUGAGAGCCGCCGUCGCCAGCUCGGCAAGCGCAAUAUGACGGGAAUCAUGCCCUCGUCUUCGACCUAUACCCCGCUAUGGCAUUUUGACGUUGCCUGGAUCCCCAGCGAGUGGAAAUGGGAACCGCCAACUACAGUGGAGGAGCGAAAGAGAAAGAAGCAGAACAUGAGCCCCUCGGCCCUCUUCGACAACCUUAUCUCGUGGCUAGAGAAAUCUGAUGGUGAUAAACCAUUCAUUCAGCCACCGGCGGCGGAUAUCACUGUCUCCAACAUGUCGAACAUGUCCGCAGGAGAAGCAGCAGCUGUCGAACCUCCAUAUCACGAUAUCCCCAUGCCAGCAGAGUUACCACAAGAAUUGGUAGUAUUACGAGCCUGUAUUGCCACUUUAGAGACGAUAAACAGCGUGGCGUUGGAUCGUUUACGGAGAGCGUUUCGGCGUGAUUAUUUGCGUAGGAUGGAGGAAGCACUUAUUUCUGUUGAGGGACUACGUCUGGCGAUGGAGCCCCUUGACCAAGCCACAAAGGAAAAAAUAUCUGACCCGAGGAUGGCAAAUUGGCUUAUUGCUAGGAUUCGCCGCAGCCUUCUGACUGGCCUUGAUGUUGCUCAAACGAAAAAUUAUGACGAUGCCGCUAUGCGGGAGCUUUGGACGACGUUUGCCACUGUGAUUUGUUCUUCAGGAGGCAGCUACCAGAAUGUUAGGCUUUUCAAACGAAUGUUAAGCUUGAUGCCAGACUCGAUCAAGAUCCACAUCACUACAGAUCAAAUAUUCAACUUGACACGGUCCUUUCUGGUAGCUCAGGCCGGUAGCAGCAAUCUUUCUACACACUGGAUAGCCACGGCGGCUCAAUUUGGAGAAGCUCUUUCAAUGCUGCAUCCUGCACAAUUGCAAAGUUUGGACAGCGAUAUCCAUACUCUCUUUUCACAGCAGAAAAUUAGCGAAGACGGAGACCGAAGACUGUUAUUUUCAUGGUUAAUUGCCAAGGCUUACAAUCCAAACACAAUCAACCAAGAGUUUAUUCAAUCUUAUCGGGAUCUCACUGCAUCCCGUGAAAUUGAUCUCCGCCACCUCCAGCUAUGGCAGCUCAUUGUCGCCCGAUUAAAAUCAACAAGAGUCAUUGAAGCCAAUGUUCACUCCGAGCUUACACGAACCGAAUACACCUCCCUAUCACAGCGAUGGAUAGCUUUGUUCUCUGCGGUCCACAGCCUUCCCAACGCAAGCAGCAUCUUAACAGGGCUUCUCAAUUUCUUCAAGGAUAUCGGCCAAAUCGACGCCCUCAUCAGCGCACUAUCGUCGCUUCCCAUCUCCCGCGUAUCUAUCGACUCCGUUCGCACAAUAGCCACAGUAUGCGACGACCAUAAGCUCGCCUUACGGCUCUACGGAACCCUCCGAUCACGACUAGGCCAGGGCGCGCAAAUCACAUCGUGGGGGUGGGAAGCAUGGGUCCCAUAUCUAGAACGAAUCAUCAAAGAUCCCGAAAUCACACGGCCGGUACACUGGGAAGUCCUCGACCUGCCCCGACUGGCGGCAGCCUCGCGCAAAGCGACUGCAGAUCCGGAGGAAAUCGCCCGCGAGAUCCAGGCCAAGAUGGCCCUGCUCGACAAAAUGGGCCAGUGGUACAUGGAGGCCGCGCACCUCAACGACCGCCAGGUGCUCCGACGUCUGCAGCGGUGCGCAAGCGUCCAGCGAGCGCUAACAAGGAGCGUCUCGUCGCAGGUGCUCGCACAGGUGACGGAGGUAGUCACGCGAGACCUGCAAAGGGGCCAAUGGGGCAGGACGACGUGGCUGCAGUGGCUGCUGGGGAUGGUCGCUCAGAAACAUGGCGACGAGCACGCCAGUGACGUCUUGAAGACGAUCAAGGGAUGGAGAUGGAUGAUUGACCGUCACCAGGGCCCUGCUGCUGCUGCUGCUGCUGUUGCUCCCAAGCACGAGUCCUGGGACGCGUGACGAAAUACUUGUUAGCCACUAGUCUCCUGCACGUGGAAGCAUACCUAUGUAAGGGUAGUAGGCAGUAGUAGUUAAUAUACCAAUAGAUGAAUCAAGGUAAACGAUCCUCUGAACAUGAAAAGUGACUGGGCAGUGAUAUUGGGCAUAGAGAUCAUGGAGGGCACAGAUUAGAUGAGUCAAAUGCCCAAUAGUGGAUAGAGGUGAAGGCAUCGACGCCCAAACGCGACGCAGACUUGCACAACCUCUCGCCUCCGCGCAUUAUUAUUGGUGGUGCUACC